AUGAGAGCUGUAUCUACUGCUAUAUACCUACUCACAGCUCUUACUAUCGUUGCGGUACGCGCACAAUCAACGCCAUGCACUGCAACAUCAUACGAUUGUUUUCCUGGUUGUGCGAGCUGCACUGAUUGUUCUACUGGCUUCGACAUGUGCCUGGCGAACGACGAUGGGGGUUUCCUCGCAACUCAGUGCCAGGAGGAGUUUGGCUUCUGUAUCUCCCGUUGCACCUUCUGA